GGCAGGCUCUUGGUGGUCGCUGGGACAGAACAGCUUCCAAACUUUUGGGAGUGCUGCUUGCUGCUUCUGGGAGGUGCAGCUUGCUUAUUUCUGUGACCUUUUCUUACCGUGUUUGUUCUGAAAGCUGCUGAAGCCCCACCGGAUUCCAGAGCCAUGGAGGUAGCAAUGGUUAAGGACCUGCAACAGGACGCCAGCCUCGAAAAGAGGCGGUACAUGGAGCUGUGCAGGCAGGGACGGGUCUUCAACGCCAGGAACAGGAUUAUUGGGGGAGACACACAAGCCUGGGAUGUCCAAGUUCACGACCGGAAGAUAAAAGAAGCAACUGAAAAAGCUAGGCAUGAAACUUUUGCUGCUGACAUGAAGCACAAUGACAAAGUCAUAUGCAUACUCCAUGACCGCGAACGGAGGGACAGGAAACAACUCUGUCGUGCUAUCAAUGACUUCCAGCAGAGCUUUCAGAAGCCAGAAACUCGCCGUGAGUUCGAUCUCUCAGACCCCCUGGCCCUCAAGAAAGAUCUCCCAGCCCGGGUGUCAGACAAUGACAUGAGGAACACCAUAUCAGGAAUGCAGAAGUUCAUGGGAGAGGAUUUAAACUUCCACGAGAGGAAGAGAUUCCAACAGGAGCAAAACAGAGAAUGGUCCCUGCAACAGCACAGAGAGUGGGAGAGAGCGCGGGCUGACCACAAGCUUGCAGAGGACUUCCACACGCAGACAAGACUAAAGUUCGACGAAACAGCCAGAGACUUGCAGAAGCUAGAAGGCUUGACCAGGAAGGAAGUCUGUGCAGCCGUGAAAGAGUUCAACAAGAACCAGGUUAUGGAGUUGGCAGAAAGGAAGAGGCAAGAGAAGCAGAAAGAGCAAGAGGAUAAUAUGACUGAGAUCACCAACCUGCUGCAUGGGGACCUGCUCUCUGAGAACCCACAGCAGGCAGCCAGCUCCUUCGGGCCUCACCGUGUAGUCCCUGACCGCUGGAAGGGCAUGAGCAAGGAGCAGCUGGAGGAGAUUCGCUUCACUCAGAAGCAACAGAUCCAGGAAAAGCUGAGGCUUCAGGAGGAAGAAUGCCAGCACAACAUGGACUGGGACCGACGCAAGAUCCAGAAGGCUCGCGCCAGCCUACUCCAUGAGCGUCAGCAGCAGCGCUUGCAGCGGGAACUGCGCAGGGCCCUGGACUGCAGCAACCUCAGCCUGGCCAAGGAGCAGCAUUUACGGAAAAAACAAAUGGAUGAGGCCUCCACAAGUCAACCUACAGAAGAUUAUUUCUCACAGUUUAAUACAAGAAGCCGCUAAUAGGAAAGACUCUCCUUUUCUUGUUUAUAGUAGUGUGGUCCCCUCUGAGUCACACUUAUUUCAAAGUGAGCCUGCUUCUUGGUCUGAAUAUUCCCAUCACAUUUCAUCACCUGGGGAGUGUGCACUCUGGAAGCUCUGCUCUAUGAAGGCCUCUAGUGCAGCUCUGGGUGCUGUGGCCUUAAGGCACAGCGGAGAGGACCAUCGAGGACCGGUGUGCUGCUCCAGCUCCGGGCUAGCUGCUACAGUCACUUGCUAGCUCAGUAAGCAUCGUAAGUGUUCUGUGUGUUCCAUGAGGUACACUUUGUUCAACUCUCACCCCAGAGGCUGCCGGUACCUCUGCCGUUGUCUAGUGUGCGAAUCUGAGUUAAAGGCACACAUCUGGUUUAUUGUGUGAUCCUCCCCCCCACCACCAGGAAAUGUCAGCACCCAGCAAGUCUGGCUUUCAGCCUCUUCAUCUCCUGGCUCCUGUAACAAAGCCCCGGGCAACAGUGGUUUCUGUAAAGCAUCAUUUCUUAUUUCUUGCUAUAAUGAAAGCAAUCUGACCUAGAUGCCCUGCUGGCUGGGGAAGGCCCAGUGCCCUCUGCUACUUGCUCAGCCUCCCUUGCCACUGUACAGCUCCCAUCCGAGGGUCUAGGUCUCUGCUCCAGUUUGCAGCCCUGUCACCAGAACCUAGUGUUCAGGGAUAUGAUCCCUAAAGUAUCUGUUUCGUCUUUGCUCACAUCCCCACUCUGACAAGCUCCAGCUAGCAAGAGCGCUCCUUUUUGUUGUGGCUGUCCUCAGGUUGGUAAGACUUGAAAGGAAUGUCUAGACCAAGGAGACCUCCGCAUUCACCUAUCACAGAUGCGUUCUCGAGGAAAUAUGCCUCCACUGACACCGCUAACAGCUGCUGGGUUUUUAGGAAGGUCAGACCAAGUUGAAGUCACCAGUACAGCAGGGCAGUGUGCUGUCAGUGGCCAUCACUUUUGGGCACUGGUAAGAACAGGAACCCUUGAAGGCCUGUCCUUUACAAACACCCAUCUGGGCCAAGAGUCCAGUGGUAGUGACAAGUGGCCCAGGUGUUUGUUUAGGCAAUGACAGGAUCCACCUAUACUUUCCACAGGCUUCACUUUGCCUGGGUCUUUUCACAUAGCCAGUGCCUCUGUCAUAAAACUGGGACCUGCUGUUUUACCUCAUGUUUUCCGCAGGGACUCACAUAUACCCUGUGAAUGGCUCUAGCCACAGGUGGACUAGGCCUCUCUUCUCUGGAGCAAUGUGGAGUCCCACGAUAGUGACCACCAUGUUGCCAGAGGCCCAUAGAAACCAAAGCACUCAUCAGAGAAGGAACUGGGGCCCAGCCCCUUCAGAAGCUCCUCUAUGGGCUACUCUGUGCCCCUAUAUGCUUGGGUGGCCCCACUACCAAGCCCAGGGAAUCUACCUCUGGAACUCAGCCCUCGUUUCCUGAGCAGGAGUGUCUGGCUUCAAGAGUGCAUUAUGGGACAUGAACAUGCCAGGAAGAAAGGGUAGGUGCGGAUGCUUUGGACUGGGAGCCUUAAAAGCGCCAUGGCAGACGGGGCAGCUUAAACAAUGGACAUUUCUAGUUCCUUACAGUUCUGAGGUUAGAAGCAUGUGGUGGAAGCUGGACCACCGGUGAUGCACGCCUUUAACUCCAGCACUCAGGAGGCAGAGGCAGGAGGAUCUCUGAUUUUGAGGCCAGCCUGGUCUACAGAAUGAGUUCCAGGACAGCCAGGGCUACACAGAGGAAACCCUGUCUUGAAAGAAAGUUUGUGAUGGAGAUGCUAGGAAGAUAAGACAACAAUCGUACGGAGUAUGAUGACUUCAUGUUCACAGCUGCAUUGAUUUCCAAGUAAGGUUACAGUCUGAGCUACUAGAGGGUAGGAUCACAAGCCAUCUCAUCACAGAAUAAAAUGCUGAGUGCCCCUGGGUGUAUCAAUAAUUCUAUGGGGAGCAUUGAUGAAGAAUAAAAAUGCUGAGUGCCCCCUGGGUGUAUCAAUAAUUCUAUGGGGAGCAUUGAUGAAGGGACCAGGAUUUGGCACAAGGGUCCUCAAGACCAAAUUCUCAGCACAAAGAUUUGUUUUGUCCCAGGGACAAAGGGCAGGGAAUAAGAGACAAAGACAGGAGAACAAUGAGGUGGGAAGGAAUAUUUGUCCUGGAGGGUCAAAGGAUUGCAUCUGAAUAGAGAGGAGACAUGUGGCCCUUAGGCAAAUGGCAGUCUGUAAGGGAAAAGGGAAAACCUCACGUUAGGAUGAGGUGUUUCAUUUUAACUGGGCAUGUUAAUCAG